GUUGCGCACACGCAUAUAAAAAUUCGUCUGCUAGUGUGCAAGUGAAAUUUUUUCUUCUAUUAAAUUUGAAGAAUAUCUCCGGUGAAUUUUUCACAAUAAAUAAAAUAAUUGUAUUAUUAUUCCACUCUUUAAAAUGGCGUUUAUUCAAAAUUUCUUCGAUAGAAUUAUACCAGUUGUAAAAGCUGACGAAGGUGAUGAUGAUGAACUCGUCGAUCCCCAGAAAGUUCUUCGUGAGACUUGUAGUCAACAAAAAAAAUGCAGAGAAUUACAAGAUCGAUUAACUACAUGCAACGAUCGAGUGAAUUCCCGCAAGAAUACUGAAGAAACUUGUAUGGAGGAAUUAGUUGAUUUAGUCCAAUGUGUUGAUCAUUGCGUGUCAAAAACUCUUUUUAGCAAAUUAAAAUAAUUCUUUUUUUUUUAAACAUUAUAUACAUUAAAAUUCUCAUUCGCAUGUAAAAUCAUAAAAUUAGUUUAAAUCUACCAAAAAAAAAGGA